AGGCACAAAUUGAAAGGUGCUGCCCCGGUAGCAUAGUGAUAAUUGAGCACCACACAAUAAAAGAUAAAAUCAGAUUUAAGAGAUUUUUUGUCGCUUUGAAGCCUUGCAUCGACGGGUUCCUUAGUGGUUGCAGGCCAUACUUGGCAGUAGAUAGCACCUUCUUGACAGGCAGAUUCAAGGGGCAACUGGCUAGUGCUACCGCUGUUGAUGGCCAUAGUUGGAUGUAUCCAGUCAGUAUGGGUGUUUUUGAUUCUGAAACUAAUGAGAACUGGAUCUGGUUCAUGCAAUUGGUUAGGCAAGCCAUAGGAUCCCCAAGGGGUUUAACCAUAUGCACCGACGCUGGGCAGCCAGUGAUGACCGGUGUAAAAGAAGUGUUCCCAGAGGCUGAACAUAGGGAAUGUAUGUUUCACUUGGUGUCCAACUUCAAGAAGAAGUUUCAUGGAAAGGUUUUUGAUUACCACCUUUGGGCUGCUGCUUACUCAUGGAACCCAUAUUUAUUUGAGAAAAAUUGGGUUGCAAUGGACAUAGCAAAGCCAACGGCAACUGCAUAUCUUUGGAAGUGGCACACUAGGUUGUGGUCUAGGAGUCAGUUCUCAACAAUUUCCAAGGUGGAUUAUGUUACAAACAACUUGGCUGAGUGCUUCAAUAAUUGGAUUAAGCAUCACAAGUCCUUGAACUUGGACGACUUCUUUGAUAAGCUUAGGCAAUUGAUUAUGAUCAUGUGGAACCGAAGGAGAAAGGUAGCAAGAAAGUUAGUUGGGUUGAUUCUUCCCCACAUAAUUAAGAAGUUGAAUGCAAAGACCAGAGAAUUAAACUUGGAGGUGGUUGAAAGCUCAGAAGAAGUUGCUGAAGUAACCGCAUUGGGAGGCAGCGGCUUUAGGUUUGUGGUCAACUUGCUUGACAGGACAUGUUCUUGUAGACAAUGGGAAGUUUCUGGCCUUCCUUGCAAACAUGGUCUAGCAUUUAUCACAUCUCUUACCAAUGCACGCAUAGAGAACUAUGUGGACUUGUGUUACUCCAUUCACAAAUUUAGAGCAGCGCUUAUGACCAACUAAUCCCUGCCAUGGUUGACAAGAACCAGUGGCCUAAAUCAGACCAUGGAUUCUUCAUGUUUCCACCACUACUAAAAGCCACAUCGGGUAGGCCUAAAACUGAGAGGUAUAAAGGCUGCAGUGAGAAGAAAAGAAAAAGCGGCCAACACUUAUGCCCUAUUUGCAAGGACUAUGGGCAUCAUUGGCACAAAUGCAAGAACGGUAACCCAGAUGACAUUGCUGCUAUUUUAGCUGUGAGAGGACCACCAAAGAAGAGGACAAAGACCACCAAAUCAGCUCAAUCAUCAAUUGUGCCUUGCGAGGAUGAUGCUCCAUCAGCCAUGCGUUUUCCGCCAAGCCAAAUCUUGGAGAAAACAACCAAGGAAAAAGGGAAAGGUGGUAAAUCUGGAUCCGGAGGAGCAAAAAGAUCAGGAACACAACCCAUUUGUGGCGAACAUGAUGUCGCCAAAAAGAAAACACAUGUUGCUGUGAAGGUACAUGCCAAAAGAAAAAGCAAAGAGGUUGCUGAAAUUACUCCACACCUUCCUAUGGUGCCACUUGACAGCCCUGCAAUGGGUACACGCAGCAAGAAAUUCAACCCUGCUAGCCCUGCAAUGAGCACACGAAGCAAAAGGAGACUUAGUUUGUGAUUCUCAUGUCAUUACUUUCCGUAUCAUGUUUCAUUUUGAAAGCUGAGCUGUUUAUGUGAUAUAUGUGUGGACCUUGGCUCUUUACGUGCUAUAUGCGACCUGUUGUGAACCCUCUUUACGUGCU